CCAUCGACCAGUUCAACAGCACGUGGAAAUAAUAAUUUUUAAAUUACAAAUUUCCUAAAACAUUUAUUGUAAUAAUUAAGUUAUAUUAAUACACAUUCAGUUGUGUAAUUUCUCAAUUAUUUCUUAACUGUUGCGACGAAGCAAUUUUAAACUUAUACGUCUAGAUUUUAAGAUAUAAGUGCGCCUUAAUUCAUAAUGUUGAAGACCAAAAGAAAAAAUACCGAAGCAGAUGCUGGAUCUCCGAAGAAAAAGAAAGUUCAAUUUAAUGAAUCAAAAGACGAUCUCAAGGAGAACAAGUCUUUCAAGACAAAGAAAAAUGCCGGGAAAGUAAACCAAGAAAAUGGGACCUCAAAAUUUAAUAAACCCAACAAAGGCUUCAAAAACAAUAAACAUGAUCCUAAAUUUAAAACUGGUGAUAAAGAGAACAAAGUCGGGUUUAAAACCAAAGGUAAUUUUGCUCAAAACAAAGGGAAGUUUGGUAAAACACCCAAUGCUAAAGGUAAACCAAGUUUUGUGAAAGAUAAAUUUUCAAAAGCACAGGAGGAAGGUGAAAAACCUAAAUGGGCUGAAAUGAAAAAGGAAAAGAAAAAUUUACGACUAAUUCGGCGUAAAGCUAAGGCCACUGCUGAAAUUUUCGAGAUUUCACACAAGGCUAAAUUGUUAUCUGCACAAAUUCAAAGAAAAGUGGUCAAACAGGAGUUCAGAAUGAAAGCAUGCAAAGAACUUCACUGCAUGUUGAAAGGCCAGUACAAAUCCAUCGCACUCACUCACGAUUUAAGCAGAGUUAUCCAAGUCCUACUCAAGCAUAGUCCAGAAGAUAUAAAAAAUGAAAUAUCUGAAGAAUUGUUAGACAUUAUGGUGCAAAUGAUGCAAUCGAAGUACGCACAACAUGCAGUGAAACGGAUAAUAAAAUAUGGCACAGAUUACAUCCGUCAUGAGGUUAUAAAAAAGUUGUUUGGUCAUAUUGUAUCACUGGCCACUCACACUAUAAGUGCUCCAGUACUAGACUAUGCGUAUGGUGAAUUUGCUACAAAGAAAGAAAAAUUACACAUGCAACAAGAGUUCUAUGGUGAAUUAUAUAAGAAUUCAAAAGAUGAUAAAAUCAAAACUCUCAGUGAUGCCUAUAAGGACACACCAGAAAGAUAUGUACAUGUCUAAAAACUUGUUAAAACACAACUUUAAUUUAAUAAAGAAAAAAAUCAUCAUUUCUUUCAUAUAUUACACAUAAAAACAUUUCCCAGGUUAUUUCAAACUGUACUAUACAAUUACAUAUGUGAGUGCACGGCAGAAGAUAAAGUGGAAUUGAUCUCAACAUUAAGUCCGCUGAUUGUGCCGCUGAGCAACUCCCUGCCAGGUGUCAAUGCGGCCAGUAUUUGUGUCUGGCAAGGCACUAAUAAAGAUAAAAAGACUAUAAUGAAAGUAGUGAAGGAACAUGUUGUGUCUUUGAGCAAACAUAAGACAGCUUAUCGUCUUUUAAUAACGAUAUUCGACGCCGUCGAUGACACUGUUUUAGUGAAGAAAGCGAUUGUGUCCACUUUAGCUAGCAAUUUGAAAGAUAUAGCCAAAGAUCAUUGGGGGAAAAUGGUAUUACAUUGGUUGGUAAAACCUAAAGACCCGCAAGCCUUUCAUCCGAGUUUCAUAAAGUUCUUAGAAGAUGGUGCUAAAAGUGGUACUUCAAAGAAGGAUGCUGAAAUCCGAGUGUCAGAGCUCCGGGAAGCCAUACUGCCACUCCUGAAGCAGGAUAUGGAAGCAGAUGCCAACUUUUGGCUGAGCAGUAAAGCUAACUUUCUACUAACUAUAGCUGUAUUGUCAAUUGAAAUAUCAAAAGAUAUUCUAGAAGCAUUAUCUAAAGUGAUAUGUCAGUCAAAUUGGGUCAUAAAUCUUGAUGGCAAAGAAGUAUUGGCCAUUGAAGAUGCAGGCAUACACAUGUGCCUCAAGAAACUUGCAGCCCUAGACAAAGACAAGACUGAGGGUACUCUUGGAGAAGUUAUUUGUGAACAUUUGAAUGAUGAAGCUGUUAAUGUCUGGAUUCCAACAAAUAGAGGAUGUUUCUUCAUUCUCAAGUUAAUUGAAAACAAUGAAGAGAAAAUAGCAAACAAGUUAAUAAAGAAGAUUAAAGCACAUACAAAUCUUAUAAAGCAACAAACUUCUGAAGGUGCAAAGCUUUUGUUACAAAAGAUUCAGAAAAAAUAAAUACUUUUGUAUUCAAAA